AUGGCGAACUUUUUCGACAACAAGGCCCGCGCCGCCGCCGCCUCGAGCUCGAAGUCAAAGCCCAAUGAGCCCGUUGGCCCAGCACCCGCACUGGUACCCUGGGUGGAGAAGUAUCGACCCCGGAGCCUCGACGAAGUGAAGAGCCAGGAUCAUGCCAUUGACAUACUGCGGAGGAUGGUGAAUGCAUCAAACUUGCCAAAUCUGUUGUGCUACGGGCCUCCCGGAACGGGGAAAACGUCCACGAUCCUAGCCUUAUGCCGAGAGCUUUUCGGGCCGGAACUCAUGAAGCAUCGAGUCCUCGAGCUGAAUGCUUCAGAUGAACGCGGUUUGAGCGUUGUUCGAGAGCGAGUCAAGGGGUUCGCGUCUCAACAUCUCGCCAAUCCUACUCCACAGUAUCGAGAAAAGUAUCCUUGUCCACCGUUCAAAAUUGUGUUACUGGACGAAGCGGAUCAGCUCACGUCGGACGCUCAGAGCGCUCUUCGCAGAACUAUGGAGACCUAUGCUCGGACAACCAGGUUUGCUUUGUGCUGCAACUACGUGAGCCGCAUCAUCGACCCGAUUGCUUCCCGAUGCUCGAAGUAUCGGUUUCGAGCUCUUGAGGGCAGCCAGGCAACAGGUCGCAUCGAGGAGAUCCUGACUGCAGAAAACGUAAAGUAUCAGCAGGGUGUGGUUGAAAGAGCCCUGCAGGUUUCCGACGGUGAUCUUCGAAAAGCCAUUACGAUUCUCCAGAGCGCUGCGCGACUCGUGGGAGCAAGCAACACUGAUUCAAGUUCGCGGACACGCAAGAAUGCGAGGACCAUCUCCGAAGAUUCCGAUGAGGAGAUGGAGGAUGUUGACCCAACAGCCGUGUCGUCCGGGAGUAUCAGUGUAGCUGACAUCAACGAACUUGCCGGGACCUUUCCCCCGGAGUCGACCGACAAACUUCUCGGCGUCCUGAGGAAGGGCAACACCAGCAACUAUAAACGCAUAGCCGCCGAGAUAACAGACAUCACGGCCUCAGGCUAUGCCGCGAAUGAGCUGUUGUCCAGUCUGUACUCCAAAAUCAUCUUCGACGACUUGGUGGACACUAAGAAGAAAUACAAACUCACUCAGAUCUUCUCGGAGUUCGACAAGAGGCUCGUUGAUGGAGUGGACGAGCAGCUCUCCAUGCUGGACAUGACCUGUCAGAUCGCUGGUAUAUUGGCCGCAUGA